AUGUGGCGUCUCUGUGGAUUUGUUUUGCUCUUUGGCGGCUUAGUUUUUGCCCAGACCUUCGAAGAGGAUCUAGACAAGGAUCUCCCGCCGGACGAGGAUGAUCCCAUUGGCAGCAACAAGGAGCUCUCGGAUUUGGUCAUCACCACGGCUCUGGGAAAAAUCAGAGGAACUAUCCUGCCCUCGCAGUCGGGUCGCAACUUCUACGCAUUCCGCGGCAUUCCUUAUGCCAAGCCACCAGUGGAUCAACUGCGAUUCCAGCCACCCGAACCCGUGGAGCAGUGGUUCGACGUCUUCGAUGCCACCUUCGAUGGCCCCAAGUGCCCGCAGCUGGGACUCUUUAGUGGCGAUGUCAACGAAGAUUGCUUGAGGGUGAAUAUCUACACCAAGGAGCUGCCCAGCGAGUCCCAGCCGAACAUAAGAAGACCCGUGAUUGUGCUGAUCCACCCUGGAGGCUUCUACUCCCUCUCCGGGCAGAGUAAGAACUUUGCCGGUCCCCAGUACUUCAUGGAUCGUCGACUGGUGUUGGUCACCUUCAACUACCGCUUGGGAUCUCUGGGUUUUCUGGCUACUGGAACCAAAGAGGCAGCCGGCAAUAUGGGCCUUAAAGAUCAGGUUCAGCUCCUUCGCUGGCUGAAGUUGCACAUCUCCCGGUUUGGUGGCAAUCCCAAUUCCAUCACUCUCCUGGGCUACGGGGCUGGAGCCAUGGCUGUCACCCUGCACAUGGUAUCCCCCAUGUCGAGGGGCUUGUUUCACAGAGCCAUCGUUAUGAGUGGAGCAGUGACGGGUCAGUGGAAUCUGCCGGAUCACCAGAUGGACGUGGCCACCAAACAAGCCACACUUCUGCACUGCCACACGGAGAAUACCACGGAGAUGCUGGAAUGCUUGAGAGGAAAACAUUAUCUGGAAUUCGCCAACACUCUUCCGAAAAUGUUUGAAUUCGACAGAAACAAUCCCUUGAUACUUUGGAAGCCAGUCAUAGAACCGGAUUUUGGACAGGAACGUUUUCUAGUGGAGGAUCCCAUCAGAAGCUAUCAGAAUGAUGAGUUUAUGAAGGUUCCCAUCAUUACAGGCAUGACCAAAGACGAAUUUGUGGGUCCAGCCUUGACCAUCCUCCAAAGUCCCUCUCUGUUGAAAGCCCUGAACGAGAACUUCGAGACCUUGGCUCCUGUGUUUUUCAUGUUUAAUGCCAGUGAUCCCCGGGCGGGUAACAUCAGCCAGGAGCUGAGGGAACAUUACUUCCAGCAGGGGCCCAUCGAAGCCAAUCGCUCUCUGGAGGCCUUGUCCAAUCUCUACUCGGAUGCUCUGACUGGCUUUGGCAUUCAUCGGUUUGUCCAUCUGGCCGCCAGGUCCACCAAGGUGUACUACUAUCGAUUUGCGUACCAGGGUUCCAGGAGUCACAUCUAUUACCCAGAGGAUGCCCCCUAUGGAGUAGUGCACCAUGACGAUCUGAUGUAUUUGUUUGUGGAGCCCUCGAUAAGUCGCAUGUUUACGGAGGAUGAUGCCGAGUUUCAAAUGGUGGACAUUAUGGUGAGGAUGUUCUCGGCCUUUGCUUAUAAAGGUGAUCCCAACAAGCCCACCGACAGCGCUCUGAGGGACAUUCGCUGGCGCCCUUUCAGCUUCAAGAAACGCUACUACCUGGAUAUUGGCCAAAACCUAACCCUCCAGGAGAAUCUGAAUGCAGAGCGCUACGAGAUCUGGAAGCGACUGUUUCCCCUCAACUGGCGACGUCAGGCCUAGGAUGUGGCAGCGAUGACGGCUACUGUACUUUUCAAAU